UCGAGCAGACUGAAAAGAGGUCUAGAUUUCAGUGCGCAUCAGGGAUCUCUCUAAGUCGAACAUGAUAAGGUGUCAUCGCCCAGCCUUGGCUCGACGACGACGACGAAGACGACUACGGCCCCAACGACGCUCUACGAUUAGCUCGCUAUUGUUGCCUACAUCGCUGUUCGAGGUACUGCCAGCAGCCACGGCCGCAUUAUGACCAGCAGCAGUGCCCAGCAUCAGCCGCAGCACCAGACCAAGUUUCGAUGGACGGAAAACCUCACCUGCCGGUUCAUCCAGCUGAGAAAGGAGCACGGCAAGAUGUUCACGGGACGAAAGUAUUCGGCCCAGGCCGGCUGGGAGUACAUCCUCCAGCAGAUGAGAGAAGAGUUUCCCAACGUUAUGACCACGGACGUUCAUUAUCGGGUGCUCAAGAAGAAAUGGUCCAACUUACUGCAGCAGUAUAAAGAGCUGAAGAACCCCGUGCACGGCGACAAGAACAGACCGGACGAGAUAUCGUGGCCGUUCUACAACGCCAUAGACGAGGUGCUGAGCAGCUUGGGACUGCCGCGCGGCCGGCGGCGCAACAGGCUCGCCAACAACAGCGGAAACAAGGACAACAGCGCGACGGCCGCCUCGCCCGAGGGGGAGAGCUGCUACGACGAGGAGCCCGAGGACGAGGAACACUCGGACCGCGACCUCGACCCCCAGGAGUUUCUCUGCGUCUCCGUCGCCCAGGACAGCGACGACGAGCUCAACUACGACCCCCUCGGGGACGCGAAACCACCACUGGAGGACGAGCCCCGAGCUCCCAUGGGCCGAGCAGCCGCCGGACUCCAGCCCCUCCUCUUCGACGUGGACAGGCUGUCGAGGGCCACCAGGAACUCGGGGUCGGGGUCGUCGAGGAAGCGCAGCUUGCACGGGAGCAGAGGCAGCAGCAGCGAGGAGCUACUGUCGCGGCUGCCCCGGGCGACCGAGUUGACGAUAAGGCCGAUCCGAGCCGGGGGUAGUGGCUCGGACCAUCAUCAGGCAGCGGCGCUGGAGCCCAUAUGCAACAACGGCCGGGAGGAGCUCGAGAUAUUCCAGGACGCAAAGAGGAAGAAGCGGGAAGAGGAGAGCUCGGGGCAGCCAGGGAGGAGCAGCGGCACGGGGGAACAGCGGAGCGGGCUCGAGCGGAGGGUAGACGAGUUCUUGGAGUACGCGAGGAGGAGGGACGAGGAGAACCGGGCCAUUCUCGUGAAGAUGCUCGAGGCUAUCGAGGACAUAAGGGACGCCGUGAGGAGAUGAUGAUCGUCGCUUGGCUGCUUAUAUAUUGUAUAGUAUAUGUAUGUACAUGUAUGAUACGUACGGGGCACGCCUGUGUAUACGUAUUAUACAUGUAUGCCAUCCAUUAUUGUAAUACGCCGUGACACGAGCUGCGCGCGUUACUUAAGGUGGCUCCAGCGCCUAGUGCCGUAUCAAAAUGGGGAGACUAAAAAUUAAUCAUUAUUUUCUUUAAA